AGUCACAUUGGAAAAAGGAGUCAACUAAAUGCUGAAUAAAAUAACAAAUGGAAAAAACGGCUAAUAUAAGUGUGUGCAGACAGACAGAAGGAAGCGGACUUCAUUUCCCACAAUGCCGCGCGUCCCGCAUGUGGCAGCCGCGACCUCUGUGACAGAUCCCGAUCCCGAGUUCCUUUCACAGCGAGAGCGAGCGAGCGAGCGCAAGGAGAUCAUGCACUGUGUCGUGGAUCACUGAGAGGCGUUUGGAGCCGGUUACAGCGAUGGCAGCUGAUGUGCACAACAAAGCCGUUCCGUGGGAGACCGCGAAUGGCAGCCUGGCCCCAGUGGAGCGCUUGCGCCAGGACAGGUGUGACAGCCCCACUCCAGGACUGGUGGAGGGGACAGAACCAGGCGCUGGACAAGACAGCCACAUGUUUGUCCACGCGCAGUCGUUUGAGGACCUGACGGCCGAUGGCGAUGACACCCGGGCAGAGGCUGCUGGGUCAGAGAACACGUCGAGGCUCGGGGAGCCGGCAGACGAAGGAGCUCAGGGUUUGCCGAGUGAGGAGGAACAAGUGGAGGAGAAGGAGUCGCACCCGGGCAGCAGGGCCAAAGAGGAGGACGUGACCAGCGAAGCGUGGCGCCGCCACCGGAAGCACGUGUUUGUACUGAGCGAGGCGGGGAAGCCCAUCUACUCCCGCUAUGGCACAGAGGAAGCCCUGUCCAGCACCAUGGGUGUCAUGAUGGCACUCGUCUCCUUCGUGGAGGCGGAGAAGAACAUCAUCCGGUCAAUCCACGCAGAUGGCUACAAAGUGGUGUUCUUGCGCAAGAGUCCUUUGGUCCUGGUGGGUGUGGCCCAGACCCUUCAGUCUGAGAGGGAUCUGUCACGUGAACUCCACUACAUCUACUACCAGAUCAUCAGCCUGCUGACCUUGACACAGCUCAACCACAUCUUCCAGCACAAGCAGAACUACGACCUGCGCCGGCUACUCGCUGGGUCCGAGCACCUCACCGACAACCUGCUCAAGCUCCUGGACCGCGACCCGGGCCUCCUGCUAAGCGCGGUCACCUGUCUGCCGCUGUCCAGCUCAGUCCGGGAUGUCAUCUCCUCCAGCUUGCAGGCCGCCAAGGCCAAGAACCUGGUCUUCUCCAUCCUGCUGGCAGGCAGCCACCUGGUUACACUGGUACGCAAGAAGGACCAGUACCUGCACCACAUGGACCUGCACCUCCUCUUCAACCUGGUGGGCUCCUCGUCCUCGUUCCGUGAGGGUGAGGGCUGGACGCCCAUCUGUCUGCCUAAGUUCAACACCGCCGGCUUCUUCCAUGCACACAUCUCCUACCUGGAGCCUGGCACUGACCUCUGCCUCAUCCUGGUCUCCACUGAUCGCGAGGACUUCUUCAACCUGUCCGACUGCAAGCACCGCUUCCUGGAACGCCUGCGCCGGCGCACUGCCUAUCAAGCCCUGCAGGAGGCGCUGAAGAACCCCAGUUACUCUGUGUCCCAGGUUGGCAUUCCAGAACUCCGACACUUUCUGUACAAGUCCAAGAGCUCGGGGCUCUACACCAGCCCGGAGUUCCCAGUGCCAUACCAGUCUGAAGAGGAGCAGGAAAGGAUCAUGGAGCUCUACCAGUACCUGCACAGUCGCAUACAUCACCCAACCCGUCCUCUGCGGUUCAUUUACUGUUGCGGCGAGUCGGAGAAUCUGCUGGCCUGGGUGACAAGUGGCUUUGAGCUCUACCUCUGUUUCAGUCCCCUGGGGACGAAGGCGUUGGCGGUAUCUGCUAUCAACAAGCUGCUCAAGUGGAUCAGGAAGGAGGAGGACCGCCUCUUCAUCCUCAGCCCACAGACCUACUGAGCCCCUGUAAAGGGAAGAAGCCCAGGCCGUGGCAAACCCUGUUGUCAUUCUUGUUCUAACUCGUGCCACAGCUAAACUCAGUGGCGCGCUUUGGAAUACCAGAGCGGAGGUACAAUGUUAGCUUUGGGGUGUCACGUGUGGUUCUGCACACUUCUUUAGUCACACCCCAUAGCUGCUCCUGUCUUUUUAAAGUGGUGGGUGCAGUUAUAGUGCAGUUUGUGCUCUAUUUCAGCCUGGUCACAGCUACUCUGAUAUUACCUGAGCUUCAGCAGUCAUCAUGUAUCAGCGAUGAAGCUGUAGGCUUCUAUGAAUGAUCGUACUGUGUACUGAUGGGUACACACUGGACACACCACUGAAGCCAUAAGUGGAGGAAGGGCGCAUGAUUGUCUAUCGCAAAAGAGCUUUGGUAUUGUUUUGGUUGUGGUUGCAGACUGCUGUGCAUUUCAACUGAAGAUGGCAGUGAUAACACUGGUAAAAAAUUGUGGAAGUUCUUAAAAUGCCUGAAUUGUUGAACAAAUUUUGUUUUUAUAUAACUGACCUUUCACUGUACUGGUUUGCUGUCCUAACAUAUCAAAUUAAUUUAUUUUACUUUUUUUGAAAGGAACCAAAAAACUUUUAGUGCCUCACAAUUUCAAACAGCUCUGCAAAUCCUGUACAACUGAGGGCAGGUUUGAAAUAACCAAAUGAAAGUUAAUGUUGAAGGCAACCUAACAUGGAAUUUGCUCCCAUUUUGGUGUCCAUCUUCAUAGUAUAACUGUACAUGUGGAAUUUCUUUUUUUUUAAACUUGUUUGAAAUAUGUCUGUGUGUGUUAUAUAUAACAUUACAUUUUUUUUCUUUAAGGAUGAAGGGGCCAAUUAUCUUUAAUUCCUGUGGUGUAUGUGGUGAUUCUCUGUGCUUGUACAGUACCUCUCUUUCUUCCAUCAUGCUGCAGGAGUUCGGUAUUACCUUUCAAAACUUUGCGCACCUGUAUUUCUUUUGUGACCUAAUACCUUCUUAUACUUAUGAUGAACACUUUUUUUUUUUUUUUUUUUUUACUGUUUGCACCAAUCAGCUACUUGGCUCAAUUAAUUUCAAAUUGACAUGUUCGUAGCAUUAAUUUGCUUUCACCAUAAAUUACUAUUAAUUAUAAAGGGCAAGGGUAACUGAAAAGAAGUGAUUUUUCUUUGUUUGCUUUUAUUAGCAAAUAGAGGUCUUGGUGCGUUAAUUUACUGUGUUGCACAUGGUGUGCUACUUGUUUUGGAAUUGGAGAGCAGUCGAAGAUAAACAGCUGAUUGUCUCAUAUCACAUGUAAAUGAAAGCAGACCCCCUGCAAAGACAGUAUGUAUGAGGACUUAAUACAUCAAUUCUUUUAAUAUUCAUGUUAAAUGAAAAAGAACUGAAUUAUUAGUGAUUCUUUUCACUCCCUUUAAUUUGUAUCAA